CCAAAAGCAGAGGCAGAUCUGAAGCCAGUUGUUGCAUUUGAGUGGGACCUCUUCUUUUAAACAUAAAGCAGCCCUUCAUCUAUAAAGGGUGCUCUGAAGGAACUCAAUAUGGGCCUCUCCAUGUGGGUCGUGACCUUGGUGGCCAUCUUUCUGUUCCAUCAAGAUGCUAGUGGUGGACUCAUCAAGAGAAUUAUACGGCAGAAGAGGGAAACAGGGAUCAAUGUGACAUUGCCAGAGGACAACCAACCUGUGGUCUUCAACCAUGUCUACAAUAUUAACAUCCCAGGAGGCUCCCUUUGCUCUGUGGACUUGGACCCCCCCAGUGGAGACUCAGAACUCAAGGUUCCAUCUGAGCCAGGCAAACACUAUCAGGAGCAUACACUGAAUGAAGAAAAUCAGAUUGUUUUCACACACCGGAUAAACAUCCCACGACGAGCUUGUGGUUGUGCAGCAGCCCCUGAUAUCAAGGAACUACUCAGCAGACUUGAAGAAUUGGAAGGCUUGGUCUCUUCUCUGCAGGAACAGUGCAGCAGUGGAUCGGGAUGCUGCUCCAGUGGUCAAACAGUAGAAGGUCCCAUUGAUAUUACCCCCUACUGCAGUGGACGAGGAAACUACAGCAAUGACAUCUGUGGCUGCAUCUGUGAACAUGGCUGGAAAGGACCAAAUUGUUCAGAACCAGAAUGCCCACAGAACUGCAAUGACAGGGGCCAGUGCAUCAAUGGCCAGUGUGUUUGUGAUUCCGGUUACACCGGCAAUGAUUGUGGGGAGCUGGCAUGUCCUGGGGACUGCAAUGAUCAAGGCAGAUGUGUUGAUGGGAAGUGUGUGUGCUUUGAUGGUUAUGCUGGGGAUGACUGCAGCCUUGAGGUCUGCUUGGUGCCCUGCAGUGAGCAUGGGAAGUGCGUGAAUGGACAAUGUAUCUGUGCGGAUGGUUUCACUGGGGUGGACUGCAGCCAACCCCUUUGCCUUAACAACUGCAAUAACCGGGGGCGCUGUGUGGAAGAAGAGUGCAUGUGCAAUGAAGGAUACACCGGUGAAGACUGCAAUGAGCUCAUUUGCCCCAACGAUUGCUAUGACCAGGGUCGUUGCAUCAAUGGCACCUGCUACUGUGAAACUGGGUUCACUGGUGAGGACUGUGGGGACCUGUCCUGUCCAAACGAUUGUCACCAUAAUGGCCGCUGUGAGAAUGGUGUGUGUGUGUGUGAUGAAGGAUUCAUUGGAGAUGAUUGUUCCUUACGGAGGUGUCCCAACGACUGUCACAAACAGGGACGCUGCAUCAAUGGCCAAUGUUUCUGCAGUGAAGGUUUCAUGGGACCAGACUGUGGGGAAGUGAGGUGUCUCAAUGACUGCCACAAUCAGGGGCAGUGUGUGAAUGGCCAGUGUGUGUGUGAUGAAGCAUUCAUGGGGGAGGACUGUAGUGAAUUAAGAUGCCCCAAGGAUUGCAACAACCAUGGCCGGUGUGUUCGUGGGAAAUGUGAAUGUGAUGAAGGUUACAUGGGGGAGGAUUGUGGAGAUCUAAAGUGCCCCCAUGACUGCCACAACCAGGGCCAGUGCAUCAAUGGGCAGUGCAUAUGUGAUGAAGGCUUUGUGGGUGAGGACUGUGGUAAGCGCAGAUGUCCCAAUGAUUGCCACAAUCGGGGGAAAUGUGUUGAUGGCCAGUGUGUAUGUGAUGAAGCUUUCACUGGAGUGGAUUGUAAUGAACUGCGGUGUCCCAAUGACUGCAAUGACCACGGACGCUGCAUCGAUGGGCAAUGCAUAUGUGAGGAAGGCUACACAGCUGAAGACUGCUCCAAACAGACAUGUCCUCGGGACUGUAACCAUCGUGGCCGCUGCAUCAAUGGGGUCUGUGAAUGCAACGAAGGCUUCCUCGGUGACGAUUGUGGGGAACUAGCUUGCAUCAACAACUGCAACAACCGAGGCCGUUGUGAGAAUGGACAGUGUGUAUGUGAUGAGGGCUUCACCGGUGUGGACUGUGGCCAAAGGAAAUGCCACGAAGACUGCAACAAUAGAGGGCAAUGCAUUGACGGGGUGUGUCUGUGUGAGGAAGGAUAUCAAGGGCCCGCUUGUGGUGAACAGUCCUGUCCCAGUAAUUGCAAUGAUCUUGGUCGCUGUGUAGCUGGGCGGUGUGUCUGUGAAGAAGGCUACGUAGGUGCCGACUGUUCAGAUGUAUCCCCUCCGAAGGAUUUGACGGUUACAGAAGUGACAGACAAGACCAUUAACUUGGAAUGGGCAAAUGAAAAUGUAGUGAAUGAGUAUCUCAUCACCUAUAUUCCAACUAGUAUUGAUGGCUUAGAAAUGCAGCUCCAGGUGCCUGGAAACAGAACAUCAGCCACCAUCCAGGAGCUGGAACCUGGUGUGGAAUAUUUCAUCCAUGUUUUUGCUAUCCUAAAGAACAAAAAAAGCAUCCCAAUUAAUGCCCGGAUUGCUACUUAUUUGCCUGCCCCAGAUGGCUUGAAGUUCAAAUCAAUUAGAGAGACUUCUGUGGAGGUUGAGUGGGACCCCUUGGAUUUCCCAUUCCAUGAGUGGGAGAUUAUCUUUAGAAGCAUGAAAGAGGAGGAUAACGGGGCUAUCAGAAGCAGUCUCAGGAGUCCUCAGACAUCAUACCUGCAACAAGGUCUUGCACCAGGACAGCAGUAUAAUGUAUCUCUUAUUGUCUUGAAGAAUCAAACAAGAGGACCUGCUGUGUCAAGAAUCGUGACCACAAGACUAGAUGCCCCCAGCCAGAUUGAAGCAAAGGAUAUUACAGACACUACUGUACUCAUUACAUGGUUCAGACCCUUAGCUGAGAUUGAUGGAGUUGAACUGACUUAUGGGCCCAAGGAUACCCCAGGGGACCGCACAUCCAUUGACCUCUCAGAAGACGAAAGUCAAUAUUCCAUUGGAAAUCUGAAGCCACACACAGAAUAUGAAGUGGUGCUAGUGUCUCGGCGUGAAAGUAUGGAAAGUGAUUCUGUCACUGAAACUUUUGUCACAGAUCUGGAUGCUCCCCAAAAUCUGAAACACAUUUCUCAGACAGACCGCACAAUCACUCUGGAGUGGAAAAAUAGUCAAGCAAUGCCAGAUGUUUAUAGAAUCAAAUAUGCCCCACUCUCUGGUAGAGAUCAUGCUGAGGUCACAGUGCCCAGAAGCACCCAGGCUACAUCCAAAGUUACACUCUCUGGCCUGAGACCUGGAACAGAAUAUGGCAUUGGAGUAACUUCAGUAAAAGAGGACAAGGAGAGUGUUCCUUCCACCAUCAAUGCUGGAACCGAUCUGGAUAGCCCCAAGGACUUGGAGAUCACGGAUCCUACUGAAACUGCUUUUACUUUACGCUGGAAACGGCCCCUGGCCAAAAUUGAUCGUUACCGCCUCACUUACGUCACCCCAUUGGGGAAGAAGAAUGAAGUUGAGAUUCCAGCUGAUAGCACAUCUCACAUCCUCAGAUCUCUAGAGACUGGAACAGAAUACACCAUCAUCCUUGUGGCUGAGAAGGGGAGGCACAAGAGCAAGCCCUCUAACGUUACUGGUUCAACAGAAGAAGAACCUGAGCUGGGGGAUUUAUCAGUUGCCAAAGUCCACUGGGAUGGAUUCUACCUCACCUGGACAGCAGCAGAUGGGGCCUAUGAGACUUUUGUCAUACAGGUGCGGGAGUCCAACCGGCGAGAAGAUAUACAGAAUCUCACUCUUCCAGGGACACAGCGCUCCAUAGAUCUUGCUGGCCUCUUGCCAAAUACCCUUUACACAAUCACCCUGUAUGGGAUAACUCGGGGCCACCAAACAAAACCGAUCUUUGUUGAAUCCACCACAGUGGCAAAACCAGAAGUUGGAAAUCUUACCAUUUGGGGCAUUACCCCAGAAAGCUUCAACCUCUCCUGGACAACCACCCAAGGAGACUUCGAGGUCUUUACCUGUGAAAUUAUUGAUUCUAACAGGUUGCUGGAGCCCAUGGAAUACAACAUUUCAGGCAAUUUAAGGACUGCUCAUAUCUCAGGGCUGUCCCCUCAAACCAGUUUCAUUAUCUACCUCUACGGAGUCACUCGUGGCCUCCGUACUCAGGCGUUAAGUGCAACUGCUACAACAGAAGCAUUGCCCCCACUGGAAAACCUCACAGUUUCCAGCAUUAAUCCAUAUGGAUUUACAGUGUCCUGGACGGCAUCAGAGGAUGCCUUUGAGAGCUUUCUGGUCAUCGUGGUGGAUUCUGGCAAACUGCUAGAUCCCCAAGAAUUCCUUCUGUCUGGAGGCCAGCACCAGUUAACCCUUAGAGGUCUCAUAACAGGCAUUGGGUAUGAAGUCCUUCUUUACGGCUUUGUCCAUGGCCGACAAACAAGACCCUUAAGCGUUGUUGCCUUAACAGAAGCAGAACCUGAAGUGGACCACCUUUUGGUGUCAGAUGCUACCCCGCAUGGUUUCCGUCUGUCUUGGACAGCAGACGACGGAGCCUUUGACAGUUUUGUUCUUAAAAUCAGGGAUUCCAACAGGCUUUUAGAUCCCCUGGAGUUAAUAGUACCAGGUCAUCAACGCACCCAAGAUAUAAAAGGACUGAAAGAAGGCACUGAAUAUUACGUAGAUAUCUAUGGAGUUAUCAGUGGACGGCGGUCCCAGCCUGUAAAUACAAUUGCUACGACAGCAGUGGCAUCGCCGAAGGAAAUUGCUUUCUCAGAAAUAACUGAAAAGUCAGCGGUGGUUAGUUGGAAGACUCCACUGACACGGGUCGACAGCUUCCGAAUUUCCUACACUCCAAUAACUGGAGAUGGCCUUAAAUCUGUGUCAGUUGAUGGAAGCAAGAGUAAAAUCAAGCUUGUAGAGCUGAUCCCUGGGAUACAAUAUAUUGUCAAUGUUGUUGCUGUCAAAGGGUUUGAGGAAAGUGACCCCAUCUCUGGAUCUCUGACUACAGAAUUGGAUAGUCCAUCUGAGCUGGGAGUAGUGAACAUCACAGAUUCCAAAGCCUUAGCUAUUUGGCAACCAGCCCUUGCUGCAGUGGAUGAAUACUUGAUUUCCUACAUUACAGAGGGAGAGACAGAGGUGAUGCAGACUGUGUCUGGCAACACAGUGGAAUAUGAUCUCCUUGGCCUUCGACCAGCUACUGAAUAUAUCCUCAGGAUUCAAGCCAUCAAAGGCCUGCAGAAAAGCAGGAUCCUCUCUACCAAAUUCACUACAGGUCUUGAUGCUCCAAAAGCCCUGGCUGCUUCUGACAUCCAGUUUGAGACGGCCUUGCUCACGUGGAAGCCACCCCAGGCCUCUGUCACAGGCUACCUCCUGAUCUAUGAAUCCGCUGAUGGCAAAGUCAAGGAAGUGGUCCUGGGGCCUGAGUCCACUUCUUACGGCUUGGUGGAUCUGAGCUCAUCCACUCCAUACACAGCAAAGCUGCAGGCGCUGCACCAAACUCUAAAGAGCAACUUCAUUCAAGCCACGUUCACCACAACUGGACUUCGCUAUCCUUACCCCAAAGACUGCUCCCAAGCUCUGCUGAAUGGAGAACUUGCUUCCGGACUCCAUACAGUUUAUCUCAAUGGCAACCAGUCUCAGCCUGCUGAAGUGUACUGCGACAUGAGUUCUGAUGGAGGCGGAUGGAUUGUGUUUUUGAGAAGGCAGAAUGGUAAAGUAGACUUCUACAGGAAUUGGAGGAGUUAUGAAAGUGGUUUUGGAGAUCCCAACAAUGAAUUCUGGCUAGGUCUGGAGAAGCUGCACAAAAUCACUUCCCAAGGCCAGUAUGAGCUGCGGGUGGAUCUGCGUGAUCACGGAGAGACCGCUUAUGCUCUCUACAAUAAGUUUACUGUGGGUGAUGCCAAGACACGCUAUCGGAUGAAAGUAGAAGGUUACAGUGGCACUGCAGGUGAUUCAAUGAGCUACCAUAAUAAACUACCAUUCUCCACUUUUGACAAGGACAGUGACUCAGCCAUCACAAACUGUGCCUUAUCAUACAAGGGGGCAUUCUGGUACAAAAACUGUCAUCGAGUCAACCUUAUGGGUCGGUAUGGGGACAACAGCCACAGCCAGGGAGUCAACUGGUUCCACUGGAAAGGUCACGAGCAUUCUAUUCAGUUUGCAGAGAUGAAGAUCAGGCCCUACAGUUUUAGGAAUUUUGAAGGGAGGCGGAAGAGAGGAUAAAAGACCUCCUCUGGGACUGGCAGAGAAAACAGAGGACAAAAGCGUGGAAAAAUAGGAUUUCUCCCCCAGAAAAUUGAGAGGGGAGAUUGGUGAUGAAGCUGGGAAUGUGUACCAAAGCACCAGUGUUGUGUGAGCUGACUCUGGCUCCUUUGACCAGUUUCUAUUUUUUGUGGGGUGGGGUGGGGUGGGGUGGGGGGGAGGGGUGGGAAAGCCUUAUUCAAAACGUAGCAUGCUCAGUGGAGCAUUCUUUUUCUUGUCCAUAGCUGGCUUUCUUUGCACCAAAGAAGACAAUCUCGGGCAGGGGGAAGUGGGGAUAUAUUUCUAUACAGGCCUUUUUUUCUCAAUGGGCUUUUGUUGACUUGAAUCUUUUGUUGGUGGCUCAGAGGAACAGUAGCUGAGGCUGGGGAAAUGGGAGGAUUUCCUUUUUUUCUUGCUUAACAAACCAGCCACAAAUGUUUUCACACAAACAGGCAAAAAAACCAUGUUCAGGUCCAUUACAAACCAUUAACUCACCCUCUGGAAUCUCUCUUCACCUCUAUCUAUCUAUCUAUCUAUCAUCUAUCUGUCCAUUCAUCCAUCCAUUUCUCAGUACCAUGAAGAAAAGAGGGUGUGGAAGUAAACAGUUCAGCCUAAAAAUUAAUAUUAUUAAUAUAAUUGAAAAAGGAAGAUUAUAAUAAUAAGCUAAAUUUGUGUCAUCUUUUUUUAAUAGAAGCCCAUGCUUUCUGAAACACAGCAGGACAGUGUCUGAUUGUAUUUUUUUUUAAUAAAUAAAUAAAAGCACAAGUUUA